UCAGCUCUGGGGCAGCUCCAUGGUGUGCCUCGUAGCAGAGAGGCUGCAGAUGAGAGGUGCUCAGGCUGCGCUGUGCCCUGGGGUUUUAUCCACGCUCCUGCAGCUCUGAGGGGUCCCACCCCUGAGGGGCGAUGGCUGCACGGAAAACAAUUUAGCAAAUGCUUCUACCUGGAGGCAGCGGGUGGCUGCAGCACCAGCUGUGUCCCCACGCAGCGGCGCUCACUGCCCGCUGCUCCGGGAUGCACAGCGCAGCCCAACCGGGGCAGCACCGCUGCUGCUCCGCAUCGCAGCCUGCACGGAGCCUGGGAGGAGUGGAGGGGCCGGGGUUUCCGCCCGGAGAGAGGGGAAGGAUAGAGCAACCUGAGGACAACCCUCGUUGUGCAAAUAUUUAGGUUGCAUUUAGUGCAGCUCGCGUUUCCCUUGCCUUUCUCUGCCCACUUGGAGACCCAUUGCAGGCAGCACUGCUUGCUGCUGUGUUCCUGGCUUCAGACCCAGGAGCUGCCGUCUCAGCCUUGGCACUGCUCCGGGUGCUGUGCUGAAAGGCAGGUUGCAGGGGAGGGAGCAGCCCUCUUCCUGCUGAUGCAGAGCUUUGAGCAUGGGCAGAACCUGCAGAAGCGGCGCUGGGGAUUCUGUUGGUGCAGCUGUCACCUGUAUUCUCCCUAACACCACGUCCCAUCACGCUGGAGAUCGUUCUUCCCGUAAAGCUAUUUCAUACUCUUACCAUUUUUUGCAGCUGGAUACCUAAUGGCAUUUCUCCUCCAUUAGGGAUGUUGUACAGCUCACCCGAGCUCCCCGCUGCUCUCAGCCAUGCAGAAGUGCCCUCUCCUGCCCGUCCCCAGCCCUCGGUCCCUUUGUGUCCUGGCAGAGCUGCUGGGACCUGCCCAGCCCUGGUGCCGCUCCCACUGGGACAAGUGGCAGCAUCUGUCCGGUUUGCAGGUUGGGGCAAUGAUACCCAUUAUUCCCUGGUUGUCCUAAUGCCUGGGAACUUGUCAGCACUCAUUCCUCUUCCCUGCUCCCACGGUGCCCAGGGAGGGACGUGGUUCAGUACUGGUCCAGUAUUGAUCUUGGUGAUCUGAAUUUAUAGAAUCUGAGGGCUGCUUGUAUUGGGGUCUGUCUCUGGAUGAUCACACAAUCCCUCUCCUCAUACCAAAGAAGUGUGCUCUGCCAUGGAGGGAGGGGUGCUCAGCCCACACAUUUCCCGGAUGCCAGUGACUUUGGCUGGAGGGUACAGACAUCCCACGCCCACCCUCACAGCUCUGCCUGUGCCUGUGCUGUUGCUCAGCCUAUGCCAUGCUUUCUUUGUGCUGCUGAGCUUCCUGUGACCGCUGAGCCACGCAGGAUCCCAUAGAAGAAGAAUCAACCUGACCAGGGUCUACCUGGCAUUUGGCACCACCCAUGGCGAACCCAUGCAAUGGUUGGGGUGAGUGUUGGCAGAUAUGCCAGGUGGUGCCACGGGUGUCCUAUCCCUGGUGCUGAGCGCAGUGUGAAGCUCAGGGCAAUGGGGACUGUCACCGCUGCUCCGGUGGCUCUGUUGUGGGCAGGGGUGCCCAUAACACAUCACUCUCCCUCCUCCCCAUUUGCUGGUCCCCAUCCCUCAGUGGUUGGGGCAGCCCAAAGCCCAGCUGAGAGAUUCCAUUCCCCUUAGCUAGGAAUAGGUGAAGCUUUGCAUGAGCGUUCCAGCUCUGGUGGAGAGCCCUGGAGACUCCUCCGUGUCCCGUGUAACUCGUUCGGCUCAGGCUUGGCCAGCAGCUCUCCUUGGGAAGGAAGGCACUGGUGGUGUUGGGUAAGAACGGGUUUCCGAGUGAGGUCACCGGCGGAGGCAGGGAUCUCACCGGAUUAGGAGCCUGACUUCAAAGGCUUCUGCUCUCCUUUUGCAGUUGAAAGGACUUGUUUCAUGAAUAGGUCAUGCCUGGUUUUAAUUAGCUUGUUUUUGUAUUUGGGAUGUCUUAUGAACAAUUCAGUCACAUGCGCUUUUAUUUUUUUCCCACUGUAGCAGCAUUACGAGGAAGAGAGGUGGGGUUCCCUCUGCUUCCUCAUAGCAAAGACUUAGACUCAUUUGCAGACGACUGCAAAAAUGCUUUGGCAUUGAGAAAGCCCAGAGAAAUGGUUAUGAAAUGUUUUCUCCGGGGCUGAGCUUUUGCAUCUGAGCUCUGGGCUCUGCUGCGGUGAUGAGAGGUGCAUUCCUGAAGGGGAUACUGGGACCUCCAGAAGGCACCAAGGUUGCGAUGGGGAGGCUCAAAAUAUUUUGGGUUUCUGCUUCUUGUUCAUCUCUGGAGGUGCCCGAGGCUGUGGGUGGAGCCCUGGGCAGCCCAAGGUGGUGGGAGCCAGCCCAUGGCGGGGCGUUGGGCCUGGGGGGGGAGCUGCGAGCUCUCUUCCCACCAACCAUGCAGUGGUUCUAUGGUUCUGUGAUCUUUAAGUUCCCUUCCAACCCAACCAUUCCAUGGUUCUACAACCAUUGCACUAGGAGGAGAUGGAUGAGGGCCUUUUUCUGCCUUGUAGCUGAAGCUUGCAGUGUGGAGAUGACUUUGUUGUCCUCCUGUAGGGCUGCUUGGAGGUGUGUGUGGUAUCAGGCUGUAGCUGGAUCCCCUUUCUGGUGAAAGGCAUUGCUGAAAGAGGAGCUGCUGGUGGAGGUUUUGGCAUGGUUGCCACUGGGUUGGUUCCUCUUCAGCAGGACUUAUUGGGGUGAAUUGCCUCUUGGUGCUCUUGAGGGCUCUCCUGGAGACAUGGCCAGGCCUGAGUGCCUGGCCCUUGGGGUGACAUCUCCCUUGGGGUGCUGGAAGGGACUGUGGUGGAAAGUUUGGUGCAAAUGUCAUGGAACAGGCCCUGAACCGGGGUCCUCAAGCUCAUGAUGCAAAUGCUCUUCAGGUCGGUUGGUUUGUGAUUUAGUCAGUGUUAUGCCUAACUGUGCGGGCUCACCUGGGACAGGCAUGACUAUACCGGAUUGGAGCACCCAAAGGCGCUGGGUGCCAGGAGGGGUGCAGCCCCCAGGUGGCACCAGGUGCCCAUCUCCAGGACUGCAGGGAGCAUGGUGAGAUGCCACCUGGGGAGCAGGUCAUUGCCAGAUUGGGCCUAAUCCUGUGAGGGGCUGAGCACCACUCGCUCCCCAUGUUGUUCCCAAAGGCUGUGGCACCCUACAGCCACACUCCUUGUCUCCACGCAGACCGACCUGUACUCAGGGGCUCUGUUUGUGCAAGUCUGCCUGGGCUGGGACCUCUACCUCUCCACCGUCCUGAUGCUGCUGGUGACAGGGCUCUACACCAUUGCAGGUAGGCUGCUCGCUGUCUGGCUUCUUUGCUUGAACCAAUGCCACUUGCACUCCUGUUUUACACUUACUUGUGUGCUCACGGGGCUGCUGUUCCCUGUGCCACCCAGCACUGCUGUGCGUCCUCCUGAGAACUCAGCUCGAGCAGUGACUCGGGUGUGAGCUCUCUUUUGUCAUUACAACUCAGCUUUUGUAAUCACUCGCUCCUCCUCUGUCUCAUAGCUAAAUGCUUUCUUGUGUGUGCACCUAUUUGUAAUCAGCUCUAAUCAGCGCUUCUCCUAUUACAGAACCAUUACUGAGGCAGCUAAAAUCUCAGAGCCCUUCGCCUAACCCGUUUCCCACCUGCUCUGCCUGCAGUGCAACUCGCUGCCAUUCCCCUGCCCAGCUGCAGGGAACACCUCCUGUGCACGUUCCCACAGUGGGACCGUUUCUGUGCAGCACCAGUUGGUGUCUUUCCUUGCUGAUUUGGGGGUGAUGACAGUUUGGAGAUGGAAAUGGGGAGCCCCUGGCUUGUAGUCCCACUCUUGCACUGCAGAAACGAUGAUUCUUUCCAGGAUAUUAUUUCAGCUUUUAUUUCAGCUGGGACAUUCCCUUCCCUGGUAGCUCCAGUGGAGAUGCCGAGCAGUAAAUCCUCCUCCAGUAUCUUCUCCCGGCCAUCAAAAUGGGAAAUGGUGUAAUUAUAUCCAAAACGUGGUGGAUUUUGCAAGACUCUGGUUUUGAGCAAAUCCCACGUGGCUUUUUCCUGCCCACGAGGCUCGUUGUGCAGCGAGGCAUUCCGGUGUGUGCCAGGCAGAGGUGUGCUCGCUGCGUCACCCCGGACCGGAGCAGAUCGCAGGCAUGGCUGGGCAGGCGCUGGAUGGGGAUGAAUCAGAGACUUGGGUUGAAACGGGUUGAAACCCAUUUUCUCUAGGCCCGCUACUUCUUUGUGAGCAUGGGCAGUCCUCUGGGGCUGCGUGAUCCCACAAGUGCUCGUGGUGCCUUGCUCUUUGCAGGGGGGCUGGCGGCUGUCAUCUACACCGACGCGCUGCAAACGCUCAUCAUGGUCCUCGGAGCCAUCAUGCUGGCGGUGAGAGCUUUCAAUGCGAUCGGAGGUUACUCCAACCUGGAAGAGGCCUAUCUAAAAGCCGUGCCGUCCAAGAUCGUUCCCAACACGACCUGCCACCUGCCCAGAGCGGAUGCCAUGCACCUCUUCCGAGACCCAAUCUCUGGAGAUCUGCCCUGGACUGGGAUGACGUUCGGGCUGUCCAUCAUGGCCACGUGGUACUGGUGCACCGACCAGGUCAUCGUGCAGCGGUCGCUCUCUGCACGGAGCCUGAACCACGCCAAGGCCGGCUCCAUCCUAGCCAGCUACCUGAAGAUGCUGCCCCUGUUCGUCAUCAUCAUGCCAGGGAUGAUCAGCAGGGUCCUGUUCCCAGAUGCUGUGGCCUGCGUGGAUCCCGAGGAGUGCACCCGUGUGUGUGGGGCUGCGGUGGGCUGCUCCAACAUCGCCUACCCCAAGCUGGUGGUGGAGCUGAUGCCCAGUGGGCUGCGGGGUCUGAUGAUCGCGGUGAUGAUGGCCGCACUCAUGUCCUCCCUCACCUCCAUCUUCAACAGCAGCAGCACUCUCUUCACCAUGGACAUCUGGAGGAGGAUGAGGCCAGGAGCCAGUGAGCGCGAGCUGCUCGUGGUGGGCAGGGUGGUGACGGUGCUGCUGGUGGCCCUCAGCGUGGUGUGGAUCCCCAUCCUGCAGAGCUCUGGUGGCGGGCAGCUCUAUAUCUACAUCCAGGCUGUCACCAGCUACCUGGCUCCUCCCGUCACUGCCGUCUUCAUCCUGGCUGUCUUCUGGCCCCGUGCUAACGAGCAGGGAGCCUUCUGGGGCCUGAUGGCGGGGCUGGCGCUGGGGCUGGCCAGGAUGGGGCUGGAGCUGGCACACCCCAUGCCCCGUUGUGGGGUCCCCGACGGGCGGCCCUGGCUGCUGGCUGACCUGCACUACCUGCACUUCGCUGCGCUGCUGUGUGCCACCACGGGGGCCGUCGUGGUGGGGGGCAGCCUGAUGACCCCCCCGCCACCCUCAGACAGGCUGCAGGAUCUGACCUGGUGGAGCCUCUCCUGGGAGCCCCCCCAGCACUCCAUGGAUAGCACAUCACAGAGAUGCCCGCAUGGCUCCUGCUCAGAAGCUCCGGGCAGCUGGCAGCCAACUGAGGGACACCCAGCCCUGCAGGACACCACCGAGUCCCCUUUCUGGACCCGGGUCUGCAGCAUCAACGCUGUUGUCCUGCUGUGCAUCAAUAUUUUCUGCUAUGCAUACUUUGCAUAGCCCCCUGCCAGCCCCUAGGAAGAGAGGAACACGUGGUGAAAUGGGGAUUUAGGUGAUGUUUAGGUCAAGUUUGGGAUAGCAGCAGAUUAAAGCCACUGGUGCAGAGUGAGCUGGGUGUUCUCAGCACUGCGGACCUGACUG